GAGCAUUGGGAAGUUCCGUUGGGGAAGAUGGCGGCGGCCGCAGGUACCCUUCUCUUCUUGCCACCGGGGACUAAAGACUGAGACCCCGGGAGGAGCAGGGACUGCUUGUGCCUGCGUCCCCGGGAGCCCGCCCGCUCCCUCGGCUUCCGUGUCCGUGCCGGGGAGCGGCUGACCCUCUCGUGGCGGACCCAGGCCCUGCCCGUCGUCAGGAUGAAGGCACAGGGGGAGACCGAGGAGUCGGAAAAGCUGAGUAAAAUGAGUUCUCUGUUGGAACGGCUUCAUGCGAAAUUUAACCAAAAUAGGCCUUGGAGUGAGACCAUUAAGCUUGUGCGCCAAGUCAUGGAGAAAAGGGUUGUGAUGAGUUCUGGAGGGCAUCAACAUUUGGUCAGCUGUUUGGAGACUUUGCAGAAGGCUCUCAAAGUAACAUCUUUACCAGCAAUGACUGAUCGUUUGGAGUCUAUAGCAAGACAGAAUGGACUGGGCUCUCAUCUCAGUGCCAGUGGCACUGAAUGUUACAUCACGUCAGAUAUGUUCUAUGUGGAAGUGCAGUUAGAUCCUGCAGGACAGCUUUGUGAUGUAAAAGUGGCUCACCAUGGGGAGAAUCCUGUGAGCUGCCCAGAGCUUGUACAGCAUUUAAGGGAAAAAAAUUUUGAUGAGUUUUCUAAGCACCUUAAGGGCCUUGUUAAUCUGUAUAACCUUCCAGGAGACAACAAACUGAAGACUAAAAUGUACUUGGCUCUCCAGUCUUUGGAACAAGAUCUAUCUAAAAUGGCAAUUAUGUACUGGAAAGCCACCAAUGCCAGUCCAUUGGAUAAGAUUCUUCAUGGAAGUGUUGGCUAUCUUACUCCAAGGAGUGGGGGCCAUUUAAUGAACAUAAAGUACUAUGCUUCUCCCUCUGAUUUGCUGGAUGAUAAGACUGCAUCUCCCAUCAUUUUGCAUGAGAAUAAUGUUCCUCGAUCUUUGGGCAUGAAUGUAUCAGUGACAAUUGAAGGGACGUCUGCUAUGUACAAACUUCCAAUUGCACCAUUAAUUAUGGGUUCACAUCCAGUUGAUAAUAAAUGGACUCCCUCCUUCUCCUCGAUCACCAGUGCCAACAGUGUUGAUCUUCCUGCUUGUUUUUUCCUGAAAUUUCCCCAGCCGAUCCCAGUAUCAAGGGCAUUUGUUCAAAAACUACAGAACUGCACAGGAAUUCCAUUGUUUGAAACUCAGCCAACCUAUGUACCCCUGUAUGAACUGAUCACUCAGUUUGAGCUAUCAAAGGACCCUGACCCAAUACCUUUGAAUCACAACAUGCGAUUUUAUGCUGCUCUUCCAGGUCAGCAGCACUGUUAUUUUCUCAACAAGGAUGCUCCUCUUCCAGAUGGUCGAAGUCUGCAGGGAACCCUUGUUAGCAAAAUCACCUUUCAGCAUCCUGGUCGAAUUCCUCUUAUCCUAAAUAUAAUCAGACACCAAGUUGCCUACAACACCCUAAUUGGAAGCUGUGUCAAAAGGACUAUUCUGAAAGAAGAUUCUCCUGGGCUCCUCCAGUUUGAAGUAUGUCCUCUCUCAGAGUCACGUUUUAGCAUAUCUUUUCAGCACCCUGUGAAUGACUCCUUGGUGUGUGUUGUGAUGGAUGUGCAGGACUCAACCCAUGUGAGCUGUAAACUUUACAAGGGGCUGUCAGAUGCACUUAUCUGCACAGAUGACUUCAUUGCCAAAGUUGUUCAAAGGUGUAUGUCCAUCCCAGUGACGAUGAGAGCUAUUCGGAGGAAAGCUGAAACCAUUCAGGCCGACACCCCAGCACUGUCCCUCAUUGCAGAAACAGUUGAAGACAUGGUGAAAAAGAACCUGCCCCCGGCUAGCAGCCCAGGGUAUGGCAUGACCACAGGCAACAACCCAAUGAGUGGUACCACUACACCAACCAACACCUUUCCGGGGGGUCCCAUUACCACCUUGUUUAAUAUGAGCAUGAGCAUCAAAGAUCGGCAUGAGUCGGUGGGCCAUGGGGAGGACUUCAGCAAGGUAUCUCAGAACCCAAUUCUUACCAGUUUGUUGCAAAUCACAGGGAACGGGGGGUCUACCAUUGGCUCGAGUCCGACCCCUCCUCAUCACACGCCGCCACCUGUCUCUUCGAUGGCCGGCAACACCAAGAACCACCCGAUGCUCAUGAACCUUCUUAAAGAUAAUCCUGCCCAGGAUUUCUCAACCCUUUAUGGAAGCAGCCCUUUAGAAAGGCAGAACUCCUCUUCCGGCUCACCCCGGAUGGAAAUGUGUUCAGGGAGUAACAAGACCAAGAAGAAGAAGUCAUCAAGAAUACCACCUGAUAAACCUAAGCACCAGACUGAAGAUGACUUUCAGAGGGAACUAUUUUCAAUGGAUGUUGACUCACAGAAUCCUAUCUUUGAUGUCAACAUGACAGCCGACACACUGGACACACCGCACAUCACUCCAGCCCCAAGCCAGUGUAGUACUCCCCCAACAACUUAUCCUCAACCAGUACCUCACCCCCAACCCAGUAUUCAAAGGAUGGUCCGCCUGUCCAGUUCAGACAGCAUUGGCCCAGAUGUUACUGAUAUCCUUUCAGACAUUGCAGAAGAAGCCUCUAAGCUUCCCAGCACUAGUGAUGAUUGCCCACCCAUUGGCACCCCUGUUCGUGAUUCUUCAAGCUCUGCGCAUUCUCAGAAUGCCCUCUUUGAUUCUGAUGUCUUUCAAACUAAUAAUAAUGAAAAUCCGUAUACUGAUCCGGCUGAUCUUAUUGCAGACGCUGCUGGUAGCCCCAGUAGCGAUUCACCUACCAACCAUUUCUUUCCUGAAGGAGUAGAUUUCAAUCCUGAUUUAUUGAACAGUCAGAGCCAAAGUGGUUUUGGAGAAGAAUAUUUCGAUGAAAGCAGCCAAAGUGGGGACAAUGAUGAUUUCAAAGGAUUUGCAUCUCAGGCCCUGAAUACUCUGGGGGUGCCAAUGCUUGGAGGUGAUAAUGGGGAAACAAAGUUUAAAGGCAACAGCCAAGCUGACACAGUUGAUUUCAGUAUUAUAUCAGUAGCUGGUAAGGCACUGGGUCCUGCAGAUCUUAUGGAGCAUCACAGUGGUAGUCAGAGUCCUUUAUUAGCCACUGGGGACUUAGGGAAAGACAAGACUCAAAAGAGAAUAAAAGAAGGCAAUGGCACCAGUAAUAGCAGUCUCCCAGGGCCGGGAUUAGACAGUAAACCUGGGAAACGCAGUCGGACUCCUUCUAAUGACGGGAAGAGCAAAGAUAAACCUCCAAAGCGGAAGAAGGCAGACACGGAAGGAAAGUCCCCAUCUCACAGUUCUUCUAAUCGACCUUUUACCCCACCUACCAGUACAGGUGGAUCCAAAUCUCCUGGCAGUUCAGGAAGAUCUCAGACUCCCCCAGGUGUUGCCACACCACCCAUUCCCAAAAUCACUAUUCAGAUUCCUAAGGGAACAGUGAUGGUGGGAAAGCCUUCCUCUCACAGUCAGUAUACCAGCAGCGGUUCUGUGUCUUCCUCAGGCAGCAAAAGCCACCAUAGCCAUUCUUCCUCCUCCUCUUCUUUGUCUUCUGCUUCCACCUCAGGCAAGAUGAAAAGCAGUAAAUCAGAAGGCGCAUCAAGUUCCAAGUUAAGUGGCAGUAUGUACUCUACCCAAGGGUCUUCUGGAUCUGGCCAGUCCAAAAACUCAUCCCAGUCUGGGGGGAAGCCAGGAUCCUCUCCCAUUACAAAGCAUGGGCUAAGUAGCAGCUCCAGCAGCACCAAGAUGAAACCUCAAGGGAAGCCAUCAUCACUUAUGAAUCCCUCUUUAAGCAAACCAAACAUAUCCCCUUCCCACUCAAGGCCACCUGGGAGCUCUGAUAAGCUCUCUUCUCCAAUGAAGCCUGUUCCUGGAACUCCCCCAUCUAAAGCCAAGUCCCCUAUCAGUUCAGGUUCUGGUGGUUCUCAUAUUUCUGGAACUAGUUCAAGCUCUGGCAUGAAGUCAUCUUCAGGGUUAGGAUCCUCAGGCUCAUUAUCCCAAAAAACUCCCCCCUCAUCUAAUUCUUGUACAGCAUCUUCAGCCUCCUUUUCCUCAAGUGGAUCUUCCAUGUCAUCUUCUCAGAACCAGCAUGGGAGUUCCAAAGGGAAGUCUCCCAGCAGAAAUAAGAAGCCGUCUUUGACAGCUGUCAUAGAUAAACUGAAGCAUGGAGUUGUCACCAGUGGCCCUGGGAGUGAAGAUCCAAUGGAUGGCCAGAUGGCAGUAAGCACCAAUUCUUCCAGCCAUCCUAUGUCCUCCAAACAUAACAUGUCAGGAGGAGAGUUCCAGGGCAAGCGUGAGAAAAGUGAUAAAGACAAAUCAAAGGCUUCCACCUCGGGGGGCUCGGUGGAUUCUUCUAAGAAGACUUCAGAGUCAAAAAAUGUGGGGAGCACGGGGGUAGCAAAAAUCAUCAUUAGCAAGCAUGAUGGAGGCUCCCCCAGCAUUAAAGCCAAAGUGACACUGCAGAAACCUGGGGAGAGCAGUGGAGAAGGGCUCAGGCCUCAGAUGGCCUCUUCCAAAAACUAUGGCUCUCCACUCAUCAGUGGUUCCACUCCAAAGCACGAGCGUGGCUCUCCCAGCCAUAGUAAAUCACCAGCGUAUACUCCCCAGAAUCUGGACAGUGAAAGUGAGUCUGGCUCCUCUAUAGCAGAGAAGUCGUAUCAGAACAGUCCCAGCUCAGAUGACGGCAUCCGACCACUCCCAGAAUACAGCACAGAGAAGCACAAGAAGCACAAAAAAGACAAGAAGAAAGUCAAAGACAAAGACAGGGAUCGGGACAAAGACCGAGACAAGAAGAAAUCUCAUAGCAUCAAGCCUGAGAGUUGGUCUAAAUCACCUAUCUCUUCAGACCAGUCCUUGUCUAUGACAAGUAACACAAUCUUAUCUACAGACAGGCCCUCAAGGCUCAGCCCUGACUUUAUGAUUGGGGAAGAAGAUGAUGAUCUCAUGGAUGUAGCCCUGAUUGGCAAUUAGGAACCUUAUUUUCUAAAACAAACAUAGCCAGAGAAAAAUAACAGGUUUAUAGGAAACCAUCACAAGGGAUGAUGACAUGGCUUUAACACCAAGCUGGGUGAAUUUCUACAGGCGUAUUCAGACCCUACUAAAAAGACCACACCACAGGGUUUGAGUUUUGUUUUCGAGAAUUUCUCAUUCCUUUUCCAGAAAGAAAAACUUAAAAUAUUUGCUUAAGGAAGGGGGGAGGGUGGGAAGGGCAUGGGAAGGAUUCAAGGAGAGGGAAGGGUAUGAAAACAGUUUCGUGGGAAAUAUUCAUAUAUAUUUUUCUCCCUUUUUUCCAUUUUUAGGCCACGUUUUAAACUCAUUUUAGUGCAUGUAUUUGAAGGGCUGGGCAGAAAAUGAAAAAGCAAUACAUUCCUUGAUGCGUUUGCAUAAAGGUGUUUCAUCUUUAUUUUGGUAGUUGUCCAUUUGAGGCAUGGGCAAAUGAAGGACUUGGGACAUUUUGGACACUUCAGUAAUGUUCAGUGUCUGUCUUAGGAGUGAUUGGGGGAGGGAAGAAAAUUUUAGCUAUUUAUUUGUAAUAUUUUGACCCUUAAUCUGUUUGUUUUUUAUAGAAUGUUUCUUUCUAAAUCUAUGAAGUUUAGGGUUCAAAAUGAUGGGAGGAAGAAGAGCAAGGCAUAUUUGAUAGUAGGGAGCCUGCAGCUUGUGCUGACAUGGUAACAUCAAGCCCAGGCAGAUUAGUCAGGACCUGCCUUUGGAGUUACAUAGAGAAACCAAAAUGGUGUUUUUAUUUUACUACUUCUUUUGCUAGGCUUCAGACAUCACAGGAAUAUUAUGAGUUAACUUCCUGUGGAGGUAUUACUUUAUAAUCUUUUCGUUAGAAAAAAAAAAGCUGGGGUGGCUUUUAGGGAUAUUAAUGUUUUCAGGUGAGUAAGGUUGGUGAGUAAGCCUUCCUGACUCAGUGACAUUACAGAGUUAAUAGUUCUCCGAGUUCCACAAUGUGCCAAAAGUGUGCAUCCCAGAAGUUUUUUUUUUUUGCAGGAGAACUGUUGCCAUUCCUAUGAGCUGGGCUUCUUGUCUCUCUUUAUCACAAGGAAGGAGUCCAGAUUUUAUGUACCCUGAGAUUAAAACAGUGAAAAUUUUGCAGCCAUAGUUCACUUAAACCAAUUUCAAGCUCACUUGAAUUAAUGGGGCCUGGAAUACUAGGUGAGCAUUAAGAUAAACCCUUGCUACUAUGUAGCAACACAGUGGGACCUUUUUGGAUAACUAGGUCUGAGUCUGGAUUCUGGGGGACAUCAAUAAGAAGCCCUUCUCCUUAAAUAUUGAAAUCCAGGAGACCGUUUUAAGUGCAACACAACUUCUCAGUAUUUGGAGGGUCCUCUCAAAAUUCUGCGGCCUUACUUUGAUUUUGACACCUGCACUGUGCCAUUCCUGAUGAUUCUGUUCAGGAUCUGUAUCAGCGGGAUGGGGCCUAGUACCCAGCACACUCUUCUGGAUUUAAAAAAAAAAAAAAAAGCCAGGUGAUUUCUACGUGUUUGUGUGUGUCAUAAACUGGAGUGACUUCAUCAGAUAUGGAAGAUUUUUAUAUUGAGGUCUUUCUGCAGGUUGGAUUAGCAUAGAGUUGGAAAAUCAGCUUUGGCUCUCUUUCCUGACUCUCAUUUCCUCUGGUGUUCUCCCCUCUCUGGCCAUCAGCUCUCAACAACUCUGCCACUCUUGUGUCCCAAGGUAAUAAAACAAGUAGGAAACAAAACAUUUCAAAGUGGAGCAAGAAAAGUUAUCAGUUACCGUAUCAGAGUCAAAUGUCUUUGGGGGACACUAAGGUGAUACCAGAGUGUUUUAUCUUGUGAUGCUGAUCCAGUAGCAACCUCUGACAUGCAACCAGGUUGGAUUUCUCACAAGUCUGUCACCUAGUUUUGAAUCCUAUCCCAUUGGUAUUUGCAGGGAAAAAAAAAGUUACAUGGUUUUUAAAGUUUGUUCUGGGUGGGGAAAAUCUUAUGGGGAAUGUACUGUAUAAUAUCAGGGGCUCAGCUCCCCAAAGCUGAGCCAAUAAGUACCAAAAUGAGUAAACUGGGAAGCUUUUUUCUCUCUUUCUGUCUUCAUCCCAGAUCAAAGAAUCCCGAGUUAGGAUCUGGAUGAAGGAUAAGCCCCUGAAUUGCCGAUGGGCACACCCCACACACUGACCCAGCAUCUGAACUUGCUUAACAGGGAGCCGGGGCUAAACUGCUUCACCCUGCCUGAGAACCAGGGAGCACUGCAUUUCUCCACAGGGUGGAGGAGAAGAGGCAGAAUAAAGCAAGCCUGGGACACCUCCCUCCUGUCUAGGUGUACUCAUUCUCCUGUGUCAAAAGACGGCAAGGACUCAUGUCAACUCGUAGUCAACUUCUACCUAUCUUCUGCGGCUGUGUGUUAUGUUAUUGUUAGUUUGACCUGAUUUGUCUUUUGGCUUUAUAUUAGGGGUUCUUGGUCAAAACCUGCUCUGAUGUACAUGAAGAUUUCAGAUUCAAAUUCAGUGUGUCUUAAAAUAA